UAGAAGUUUGUGAGUGCUUUUGGUGACAAGCCAAAUUUCAUGCUUUGGGGUGCUUUGCUGCACGAGGGACUGGUGCACUUCACAAAAUAGAUGGCAUCAUGAGGAUGGAAAAUUGUGGAUAUAUUGAAGCAACAUUGCAAGACAUCAGUCAGGAAGUUAAAGCUUGGUCGCAAAUGGGUCUUCCAAAUGGACAAUGACCCCAAGCAUACUUCCAAAGUUGUGGAAAAACGGCUUAAGGACAACAAAGUCAAGGUAUUGGAGUGGCCAUCAUUAAGCCCUGAACUCAACCCUAUAGGAAAUUUGUGGGUAGAACUGAAAAAGCGUGUGCCGAGCAAGGAGGCCUUCAAACCUGACUCAGUUACACCAGGAGGACAGAGCUGAGUGUAUGUAAACUUCUGACCCACUGGGAAUGUGAUGAAAGAAAUAAAAUAUUAAAUAAAUCACUCUACUAUUAUUCUGACAUUUCACAUUCUUAAAAUGAAGUGGUGAUCCUAACUGACCUAAGACAGGACAUUUUUUACUAGGAUUAAAUGUCAGGAAUUGUGAAAAACUGAGUUUAAAUGUAUUUGGCUAAGGUGUAUGUAAAUUUCUGACUUCAGCUGUAAAAUCCACAGAAGAUGACUGAACAAGGAGAGAUUACUAGAAACCAACUAGGUUUCCCCUUGUAUCUGUGGAUGAAUUGUUAAAGUAGAGAACACACAAAAUAAGUCUCCGACUUCAGUGAUUUUUGCAAUUUGCUCCAGUCAUUGGCAGCAGAGAACUGGAAGGAAAGGUGUCCAAAGUAGGUGUUGGCUUUGGGGAUGACCAGUGAAAUAUACCUGCUGGAGCCCGUGCUGCGCGUGGGUGCUGCUAUACCUAGAAAAGACUUAUAGAUGACCUGGAGCCAGUGGGUUUGGCGACAAAUAUGUAGCGAGGACCAGCCAACGAGAACAUACAGGUCGCUGUGGUGGGUAGUAUAUGGGGCUUUGGUGACAAAACGGAUGGACUGCAUCCAAUUUUCUGAGUAGAGUGUUGAAGGCUAAUUUGUAAAUGACAUCGCCUAAGUCAAGGAUCGGUAGGAUCGUCCGUUUUACGAGGGUAAGUUUGGCAGCAUGAGUUGAAGGAGGCUUUUGUUGUGAAAUAGGAAGCCGAUUCUAGAUUUAAUUUUGGAUUGGAGAUGCUUAAUGUGAGUCUGGAAGGAGAGUUUACAGUCUAGCCAGACACUUAGGUAUUUAUAGUUGUCCACAUAUUCUAAGUCAGAACCGUCCAGAGUAGUGAUGCUAGUCAGGCGGGUGGGUGCAGGCAGUGAUCGGGCGAAGAGCAUGUUUUUAGUUUCACUUGCAUUUAAGAGCAGUUGGAGGCCACGGAAGGAGUGUUGUAUGGCAUUGAACCUCGUUUGGAGGUUUGUUAACACAGUGUCCAAAGAAGAGGUGGAUCAAAGAAUCACUCUCAGCAAGAGCGACAUCAUUGAUAUAUACAGAGAAAAGAAUCGGCCCGAGAAUUGAACCCUGAGACUGCCAGAGGUCCGGACAACAGGCCCUUCGAGUUGACACACUGAACUCUAUCUGAGAAGUAGUUAGUGAACCAGACGAGGCAGUUAUUAGAGAAACCAAGGCUGUUGAGUCUGCCGAUAAGAAUACGGUGCUUGACAGAUUCGAAGGCCUUGGCCAGGUCGAUGAAGACUGCUGCACAGUAUUGUCUUUUAUUGAUGGCGGAUAUAAUAUGUUACAGACCCAACUGAGCGAGAUAGAACAAGAAUAAUCAGAUUUGUCUUGGUAAAUUUUAUAACAUAAGGAAGUGAAAUUUCAUCACGUCAGUGCGUUUAGUGGGUGGACACCCUGUAAUAUGCUAACUCCAGGCUGUAGCCAUAUGUACAACAAUGUAUUAUUGUGGAUUCUGUCACCAUGGGCCUUCAGAAGCUUCAAAGAAGCUAAAGGUAAUUUUACACAAAUAUUGAUUUUGCAUUUACUAUCCCUUUAAAACCUCCCAGUUUUAACACACCCAGUAGGUGGCAACAAUACACCAUUUUUGUGUAGUCCGUCGAUAAAACCUCAAAGAAGACGACGUAAACAGAAGUAAGCCGUGACCAAAAACUAUUUCCACGUUUGCGUUUUUGUUGUCAUUUAGACGUGUAUUAAUACCCUGCAACUCAAAAUAUGACUCAUUUAACUGCAUAGCAUCACAAACUUACCCCAGGUAUUAUUUAAUUCGCUUUGGAGACAGGACUUGGUUGAUAGAUGUUAUCUAGGUAACGCUAACUAGCUAGUAGCUAAAGUUACCUAACAAUGGCUAUGGUUUUUCACACUCAAAUAGCCUCCAUUAUGGAGGUUCUAGCGAAUGCAGCCGUGGCAGAGAUAUGUAAACUCGUAGACGACGACUAUGCAGUGUUUCGUUUGGAAAUAACUCAAAGCCAGAAAGAAAACAGGGCAUUGCGGAGGAAACUACAACUACUGGAACUGAAGAAGGUUGCACGGGAGCGCGCAGAAAGGACAAUGCGAGAGCGUGCCAUCGCCAGUCGUUUCAGUAGUGUCAAGAUCCUCGACCGAUACAGAGGAAUUGCAAGAGGCCACAUGAGCUUUGUGAAGCCAGCAGGACACAAUACAUGGAGCGAUGACCAACCAAUCACUGUUGAUGAGGGGAGUGGAACCUCAACCCAGCAAGUUAUCAUCAUAGAGUCUGCAGGUCCUGGGGUCAAGCUGGAGAGAUCUGAAGGAGAGGACAUCCAGGCUGGAGUGCCCCCUGUAGCCACGGAGGACCCCACCACCGCCCCAGCGGCACCAAAGACCCGACGCAGCAUCACGAAGGUCGGUGGAACGCUGAAUGCCGUCCUCAAGUCAGGGAUCGACACCAAGAAUUUAAUGGGUCAGGGGCGACUGGGCUGUCUCGCUCUCCACUCAGAAUAUUUACUUGAUGGUAACCCGAGCCCGAGGAUGGAUCUGUCCCAUCAGGACUUAGGAGACACGUUACAGAUUGGCAAUGAUCCGUCUUGUUCAUACGCUACAGAGAUGAUACAUGGUGACAUGCCUGUCGGCUUAGAUACACAGACUAAUCCAAUGAGAGGGGACUGGAACCAGUACAGUAGUAGUGUAUACUCUGAAGGGUCCCUAGAUAAGAAAGGGGAGGUUAUAGUCAUAGAUGAGGUGACUGUGAAAGUGGAGGGUGACUCUCCUCUGACAUGGAAUGCAGAUGAGACUCGCUUUGGAGAAGGACACUCACAGGGCAACACCAAUGACUUCUUAGACUACAGAAAAAGCUUAGAGACCAAUCUAACUGUCGCAACCCACUCCCCUUUACACACGCUCAGGGAUUGCGACCCACUGUCCACGCCGAUGGCAUCUUCCGAUUCACAAUACCUUUUCGAUCAGGUAUUGAACUCAAAGGAUCAAAGGGCCAAAGCACAGGGAGGGGGAGCCACAUCAGGAAAUAGUAAAGAGAAACGGUUCCUUUGCAUGUUCUGUAACAAAGGCUUCAGCAGCUCCCAGAAGGUGGAGAUCCACCAGAGGGUCCACACAGGGGAGAAACCAUUCAGCUGUACCCAGUGUCAUAUGCGCUUCACCCAGGCUGGUGACCUGAAGAGGCACCAGAGAGUCCACACAGGGGUAAAACCCUUCAGCUGUACCCAGUGUCACAUGAGCUUUGCCCAGGCUGGCAACCUGAAGAGGCACCAGAGGGUCCACACAGGGGAGAAAACAACAACCCCCUAGUGUGAGAAGAGGUUCUCCCACCAAUACCAACUGAACAUGCACUUAUAAGUCCAUACGGGAGAAAGGCCGUUCGCCUGUAUGCGCUACGAGAAGAGGUUCUCAGAGGAUACACCAGCAGAAAAAAAACAUUCCACGGAUUGACCUAGAAAUUAACCAUUCCACACAAUAGUUUCUGACAUUUAGAUCAAACCCUGCAUUAAAGACUAAGAUUAAUGUUAAUUGGUGUCAGCAGAAAAGAUCCACAGAUGCAUUUGGAAUAAAGUGAGUAGCAAAUUUCAGUGUUGAAUAUUCCCCGGGUAGAAUAUUGAAUCCAGACAGACGUGUGAUAUCUAAGCCUGAAAGGUCUGUUUCAUAGUGUUUGCACUGUGUGGGAUAUAUGAUGUUCAAGUACAGAAUAUUUUUCCCACAAUACUUUUAAUGAGUAAAUGAAUGCAGUUUAUGAAGGUCAUGCAGAUUUUUAGUUGAUGUGCAAGUGUGGUUUUUAUAUGGUGUAUUUAAAAAAUGUUUGUUUAAUAAACACAAAAUGGGACUUUUCAUUUA